AUGGAUACGGCGGUGGCCUGGGCGUGUUAUCGCGGCCCCAGCCUUUUAGAGAGCUUCCUUCGCACCCUCCAGCAGGCGAUGAUGCCGACGCUGCUUUUUAAUCGCUGGCCGACGAGCAUCGAGAAGGACGUGCAGACCUCCCUGCAUCGGUUUAUGGCGAUUAUGGUGGAGGAUAUCAACCACAUCCGCGGGCGAACGGUGCUUUACGUGCCGAACGACCUCACCGCGAGGGAUCGCGCGCACGUCCACAACGACCGCGAGGUGGUGCAGCGCUACGAGGCCACCGUCAUCCACUGGACGCGGCAGAUCCGAGCGGUGAUCGGGGAGCAGGGGGCGAACGCCGCCGUCGAGGAUGGCGGGCCCCUCGACGAGAUCAACUACUGGCGCUCCCGCUCCCGCGAUUUAGACAACAUCCGUCUGCAGCUCAACCGCUCGGACGUGAGCGCAAUCGUCUCGGUGCUGCGCGAGGCGAAGUCGUUUUACUAUCUGGAGCCCUUUUUGAACCUCCAGGCCGAUAUCGAGCGCGGUACCGUCGAGGCGUUUGACAACCUCUGCUUUCUCAGCACCCUCAUCGAGCCGUGCGAGCGGCUGGCGGCGGCGAGGCUGAAAGAGAUCCCGGGGCUGAUCGGCGACAUCCUCGUCAAGGCGCAGUUCAUCCUCAUGCACUCCAAGCAUUAUCGAAAGGAGCGCUUCUGCCACCUCCUCCGGAUGGUCUCCGACGAGAUCAUCCGACGCUGCAGCGUGCGGAUCGACAUCGCGGCGAUCCUCCGCGGCGACGUCGCGCAGAGCAUGGUCGCCCUGCAGGAGAGCAUCAGCGCCGGCGAGGCGUGGAUGAAGGAGUGCCGGAAGAUGCUCAGCGCGACGAAGCUGCGCUUUAAGCACGAGAAGGGCGAGAAACUCGACAUCGACGAGAGCUCCCUGCUCAACGAGAUCGACGGCUUCAUCAGCCACCGCUGCCAGAACUUAAAGGAGAUUUGCCAGGGGCAGAUGCAGUUCGGCUUUCGCAGCGUCGGCACCUCGCCACCGGCGUCGUCGCGGCAGCGCCGGCGGAGCACCACGCGCGCGUCGAUCCCGUAUCCCCCGCGCGAGGACCCCAACGGGAAGACGGCGCUGCAGCUCCCCGAGCUCAACGGCACCGCGGCGGAGUUGGAGGCGAUGUUUGAAGGGCGCCUGCCGAUCUUCAGCGGGAAUAAAGGGCCGGAGAUUGAAUCGCAGCUGAUGGAUAUCCAGCGCGCCUUCAAGUCGAAGAUCGACAUGCUGCGUGGGCUCGACUACGACAUCCUCGACGUGAAGUCGACGAAGUGGAUUGACGAUUUUGGGAUCCUCAAGACGGAUAUGGAUAGCCUGUCGAUGGUGAUGCGGCAGAUCAUCACGGCGGCGUUCGACAGCAUCGCGACGAUCACAACGGGCGCGGAGUACAUCGAGGCGUUUUACGUCCUCAGCCGCAACGAGGAGCUCCUCCUCCAGCUCGAUCGGAGCAAGGACCUCGUCUUUCGGUUGUUUAUGAGCAAUCUGAAGACGGUGCAAGGGGAGAUCCAGCGCUACUUCAACCGAAAGCCCACCUUGUUCUACCUCCACCCCCCUGCCGCGGGGUAUGCGUACUGGGCGAUGAACAACAUCGCCUCCAUCACCCAGGGCUAUGAAGAGCUCUGCCGAUGCUACUACCUGCCCGAAUCGCCCGAAUCCCAGGAGGCGAUGGAUUUGUACGACCGCCUGGUGCGUUCCUUGAAGGAUACGGUGCGGAAGUACUACCUGGAUUGGCGGGAUUCCCUCCCGUUGAAGCCGGCGGAGUAUUUGGAUAUGUAUUUGCUCGUCCGCCGCCACAGCACAGGCAAAGGUCCGGAGGACCCCCCUCUUUUCGAGGUGAACUUCCCCAAACAGCUGCUGCUGCUCUUCGAUGAGGUGCGUUACUGGCAGCGGCUAGGGGAGGCGAUCCCUGCUCACGUGCAGGAUAUCUGCUCAAAGGAGGAGCGGCUGCGGAUUUGCCGCGAGAACAUCGCCCUCGUGACGCGUGCGUACAACAACGUCAUCAUGUCGUUGGGGAGUCGGGAGGAGCUGCGGCUUUUUACGCUGCGGUUGCGCUUUUUGGAGUCGAAGUAUCAACCCGGGCUGACGAAGCUGUGGUGGAAUUCGCCCGGCAUUGUCGAGUACUACGUGCGGGAGUGCCGCACCCAGACGGAACGGGUGCAGAGCAUCGUCGACGAUUACAAACACACGCUCAUCUUUGUCGAUCAUUAUUGCCGCGCGAUCGCGGAUACCCUGUCGGUUUCUUUCGAGCGCAAGAAGACCUCCACGCUUUCGGUUUUUGUGGAGCGGCAAAAGCGAUACCGGAGCUCCGUUCGCACGAGGCUCAAGGCGAUCUUUGGCUGCAUCGUCGACCGCCUCUACAGCCUCUUUCACUACUUCCGCGAGGACUACAUGCAUGACGAGGUCGUGCGGUCGGAGUGGCAUCACCUGAUGGAGAACGUCGAGCUGAAGCUCGAGGAGGCGCUGAAGACGAUGGUGAAGCGUUCUCUACUCACCGUCGAGCGCACCCUCCCGGCGGAGGUCUCCGAGGAUCGCCUCUGCGAUAAGGUCUUCCGCCUCGACGUGAUCAUCAGCGUCGCUGAGGACGUGAACAAACCCGUUAUCCGCGCAAUGCCCUCCGUCGAGGAGGUGUCGAAGCGGAUUAACGAGGUGUGCAAGCAGAUCAUCUCGACGGUGCGGGACCUUCCCCACAUCGACGACUCCCUUUCCAUGCGCAUCGCGUCCGAGAACGACGAGGAGUUGGCGGAGAUGAACUGUCCGUUCGUAACGUACCGAGGCCACACCGCGGAGGAUAUCGACCUACGGGGCUCCUACUUUGAGUGCAUGGCGGGCGAUGAGGAUAUCAUCCUUUCCCUGCAGCGCAUCCAAACCGCCUUCGUCGCGGUCGGCGAGAAGGUGCGGGAUAAGCUCGCCCAGAUCUGGCGGCUGCACCAAUCCCUCUCGACCGACAACCUCUGGGCGACGGAGAAGCAGGAUAAGCGGAUUAAGCAGGGCUGGAAGUUGGAGGACUAUCGGAUCAACAUGGAUAACGUGAUGCACCGCCGGGAUGAUAUGGAUAAGCAAGAGCCCUUCGCCGAGGUCCAGUUCCUCCUCCUUGACUUCAACAAGAUGAAGGAGACCUUCCGGAAGCAAUGCCAGCUCGUGAUCAAGCACUACCACGGACUGCUCUACGCCGACGCGAAGCAGGAGCUGGAGGCGCUCUACCGCGUCUUUCAGACCACCAUCGAGAGCCUCACGCGGGAGCCGAAGACGCUCGAUCAGCUCGGCGAGCAGGUGCGGAGCUGCGCGGAGGCGAUCGACAACCUCCCCGCGAUCUCCGCCCGCUUCGAGCCGUUGAGGGAUCGCUUCGCGUUGAUCACCUCGGAGGCGUACAACUUCGGCGGCGUCGACGCCGCGGACGUCGCGCGCUGCGAGGCCCUCCCGGAGGUUUUUGAGGAUUACAUCGAGCGCUUCAACGCGGUUCGCCGCCAGCUCGACAUCUACAAGGAGCAGUUCAAGCACGACCUCGAGACGGACCUCCGCGGGCUCAUCUCGAGCAGCUUCGCGCUCUACCAGCAGGUGCGGGAGGAGGCCCCGACGAGGUGGGGGAUGGCGACGACGGAGGCGUUCGCGCAGCUCGCCGUGAUGGCGCGCCGCGCCGAGGCGCUCCGCCAGACGGAGCAGGACCUCCAGCACGGGAUCGAGAUCUUCAACCUCACCAAACCCACCCUGGAGGACCUCACGCACGCGGAGGAGCAGCUCGCGGUGCUGCGGACGCUCUGGGGGCUCGUGGAGAAGUGGCAGAGGCGGCGGCAUGAGUGGAUGCACAUGUACUUCAUGAAGCUCAACAGCGAUUUGAUGCUGGAGGGGUUGGAGAAGAUCCGCCGCGAGGUGCUCCGCCUCCGCAAGGAUCUCGAGCAGCUUGACGUGUGGGUGCGCCUGAAGGAUGAUAUCGACCUGCUGAAGAAGAUUUUGCCCAUCAUCGACGACAUGCGCACCCCGGCGAUGCGGCAGCGGCAUUGGGAGUUCAUUAAGAUGCAGCUCGACAUCGAGUUCGACAUCCACUCCGAGGAGUUCUGCCUGCAGUGCCUGAUGGAUGCGCGGGUGGAGACGCAGGCGGAGUUCAUCUCCAACCUCGCCGUGGCCGCGCGGGAGGAGCUGAAGAUCGAGACGGACCUCGACAAAAUCCACGCCUUCUGGGAGGCCGCAGACUUCACGAUCGAGCCCCAUCAAGGCUACAACCGCAUCACCCACGUCGACGAGCUCAACAACGCCCUUGCCGAGCACCUGGCGCUGCUGACGUCGUCGAAGAUGUCGCGUUUCGUCGAGAACUUCCGUGGGCGGGUGAUGCAGUGGGAGCAGACGCUGUCGAUCGUCACGGACACCAUCGAGGGGCUGCUCGACGUGCAGACGAAGUGGAUGUACCUGGAGAACAUCUUCAUCGGGAGCGAGGAUAUCAAGCGCAAGCUCGUCGCCGAGGCGAAGAAGUUCGACUCCAUCCACGCCCAGUGGCUUUCCAUCAUGUCGAGGCUGGUGAAGGACCCGAACGUCGUCCGCGGGACGCGGCGGGAUACCCUGCUCGAUCAGCUCAACACGAUGAGCGCGGAGCUGGAAGGGAUCCAAAAGAGCCUCGAGUGGUUCCUCGAGGACCGCCGUCGCGUCUUCCCGCGGUUUUACUUCCUCUCCAACGACGACCUGCUGGAGAUCCUUGGCCACGUGAAGGAGCCGUCGAAGGUGCAGCCGCACCUGCGGAAGUGCUUUGAGGGGCUCUACCAGCUCGCCCUGAAGCAGGUGCGAAGCGGCACGAUCGUGGAGGGGAUGUCGUCCGCGGACGGCGAGUACGUCUCCUUUGGCGCGCCGAUGCACAUCGAGGGCCUUCCCGUCGAGGCCUGGCUGCGCAGCGUCGAGGCGAAGAUGCGGGAGACGAUGCAGCUCGGCAUCAACCGCACCCUGGACGACCUCCAGCGCAACGUCUACGACCCCCGCCACCCGAUCAACCGCGAGAAGCUCAAAGGGUGGGUGGAGCGGAACGAAGGGCAGUGCCUGAUCACGGCGGCCUCCAUCAACUGGACGCAGCAGGUCGAGGGGGCGAUCCUCGAGUACGGCGAGCUCCACGCGAACGGGGGGCUCAGCCUCGCCCGCCGCAAACUCUCCCCGCUCUACCGCAUCUACAAAAAGUGGAAGGGGAUGAUUCGGAAGUACUGCCAGAUGGUGCGGCAGCCGCAGAGUCGGAUGCAGCGGAGCAAACUCGUCGCCCUCGUUACGAUCGAGGUCCACGCGCGCGACGUCCUCCGGCACAUCCUCGCCCGCCGCGUGCAUCAACUCGACGACUUUGAGUGGUCGCGGCAGCUGCGGUUUUAUUCCGAGGAGACCGCCUCCGAGGCGGCGGGGUUGCUUCCCGCCACCCCAGGCCCCGCGCCAUCUUCGACGACCGUGGCUAUUCCAACCGGAGGCGGCGGAGGCGGGGGGAGUAGUGCGGCUGGAGGUGGAGGUGGAGGGGGGGCCGGAGGUGGGGGUGGUAGUGGGGGCGCAGGCGGGGGGGUUCCCGCGUUGGGGACCUCCAACUCCACGAAUAGCGGCAGCGCGAACGCCGCGGGGGAGGCGCUUUCCGCCGGGAUCGUCCGAGCCACCCCGCGGGCCUGCGUCGUCCGCCAAACGAGCGCCGUCGUGCGCUACGACUACGAAUACCUCGGGAAUAGCGGGCGGCUGGUGGUCACGGGGCUCACCGAUCGCGCCUAUAUGAUGCUGACGACGGCGCUGCAGCUCUUCCGCGGCGGCCUCCCGCAAGGCCCCGCGGGCACCGGCAAGACGGAAACCGUGAAGGACCUCGGCAAGGCGAUCGGGAAGUACGUGAUGGUGUUUAACUGCUCGGAGAGUCUCGAUUACCGCUCGGUCGGCCGCAUGCUAAGCGGGAUCGCGCAGACCGGCGCGUGGUCCUGUUUUGACGAGUUCAACCGUAUCGAGGUGGAGGUGCUCUCCGUCGUCGCGCAGCAGAUCUUGUCGAUCCUCACCGCCGUCUCGGAGCGACGCCGCGAGUUCCUCUUCGAGGGGACGGAGAUCCCGCUUAACCUGAACUGCGGGCUCUUCGUGACGAUGAACCCCGGCUACGCGGGUCGAUCCGAGCUGCCCGACAACCUCAAAGCCCUGCUCCGCCCGAUCUCGAUGAUGGUGCCCGACUUCGGCCUGAUUUGCGAGAUCACGAUGCUUUCCGAGGGCUUCGAGGAGUCCGAGGUGCUCUCGAAGAAGGUCUCCAUUCUGUACGAGCUGAUGGAGAACCAGCUGUCGAAGCAGGACCACUACGACUUCUCGCUGCGGAACAUCAAGGCCGUCCUCGUCCAGGCGGGCAACCUCAAGCGGGAGAACUUUCCGGGCACCGAAUCGCAGCUCUGCCUGAAGGCGAUGAAGGAUAUGAACCUGCCGAAGUUCGUCAAGGAGGACGUGCCGCUCUUCCUCGCGAUGCUGAGGGAUCUCUUCCCGGGCGUGGAGCCGCAGGGGAGCGGGCUCGAGGAGCUGUGGGCGGCCGCCAUCGACGAGCUCGAGGCCGCGAACCUCGAGAAGAACGAGCACAUCCUGACGAAAUGCUUGCAUCUUUGGGAUACGCUGCGGACGCGGCAUGGGGUGAUGGUGGUCGGGCGCUCCGGAUCGGGCAAGACGGUCACCUGGCGGACCCUCGCCGGCGCGCUGAAACGGCUCGCCGAGUGCGGCGUCGGCGGCCCCUACGAGCCCGUGCGGGUGUCGUUGCUGAACCCGAAAUCGGUGACGAUGGAUGAGCUCUACGGCAGCUACAACCAGGCGACGCGGGAGUGGAAGGACGGCAUCCUGUCCGACCUGAUGCGGCAGAUCUGCCGGGAUGCGACGGAUACGAACUACAAGUGGCUCCUCUUUGACGGCCCGGUGGAUACGCUGUGGAUUGAGUCGAUGAACACCGUCCUGGACGAUAACAAGAUGCUCACGUUGAACUCCGGCGAGCGGAUUAACCUCAACCCCACGGUGAGCAUGCUCUUCGAGGUGCAGGAUCUCUCGCAGGCCUCGCCCGCGACCGUCUCGCGCUGCGGGAUGGUCUACUUCACCGUCGAGGAUCUCGGCUGGAAGCCCUUCGUCAUGACGUGGCUGCGCUCCCGACGCGACUUCGAGAUCGCGCUGAACACCCCGAAGCCGGACGCGACGAUCCACGAGCUGCAGGACUUCAUCCUCAACACCCUCGCGAGCACGCUCGCCUUCAAGGCCGCGGAGUGCGCGGAUCUGAUGCCGACGACGACCCUGAACACCGUCCGUUCCUUCACGACGAUGUUCGACGCCCUCGCGAACUCGGAGGCCCGCCCGGUGAUCCCGGGCGGCGUCAGCUACCAAACCUCGCAGGCCGGGGAGAACUACCUCCCGCAGCUCCGGAUGGCCGCGAUGUUCUGCCUCGUCUGGGCCGUCGGCGGCCCUUUGACGGUGCAGUCGCGGCGGAAGCUGGACUCCUUCGUGCGCGAGAUGGACGCGUCGUUUCCGUCGACGGAGACGGUCUUCGAGUACUUCCCGGAGUUCCACAGCCUGCGGUGGUGUGCCUGGGAGGAGCAUCCGGACCUCCGGCGGAUGUACGUCCCCCCGCCCGGGGCGCCCUACCACAAGCAGAUCAUCCCCACCAUCGACACGAUCCGCUACGAAUACCUCGUCUCGCAGCUCGUGCGGAGCCGGGUGCACCUCGUCCUGGUCGGGACCGCCGGCACGGGGAAGUCGCUGAUCGCGCGGCAGGUCAUGGCGGGGCUCAGCCGCGAGACGCACGUGACGACGGAGCUCAACCUCUCCGCCCGGACCUCCGCGCGGAACGUGCAGGAUAUCAUCGAAGGGCGGAUGGAGCACCAGUCGAAGAAGGUCUGCGGACCCCCACGCGGGCGCCGCAUGAUCUGCCUCAUCGAGGAUCUCAACAUGCCCGCGAAGGAGAAGUUCGGCGCGCAGCCGCCGCUGGAGCUGCUGCGGCAGUGGCUGGAUAACGGGUUUUGGUACGACGCCCAGACCCGCGCGCAGCGGAAGGUGAACGACAUGCAGCUGCUUUGCUGCAUGACCUACGGCCGGCCGGAUAUCUCGGAGCGGUUUAUGAGCAAGUUGAACGUCUUCAACAUCACUUUUCCCUCCGAGACGGUUAUCGGGAAGAUCUUUUCCGCGAUUUUGGAGAACCGGAUGGCGCCGUUUGCGGACCUCCGGACCUACGUCAGCGCGAUCGUGAAGGCCACCAUCGAGACCUACAUGAAGGUCUCCACCGAGCUGCUGCCCAUCCCGAGCAAAUCGCACUACCUCUUCAGCCUGCGGGAUCUGAGCAAGGUGUUCCAGGGCAUCUACGGCUGCCACCUCGCCUCGCUGACGUGCAAGGAGCACCUGGCGGGGUUGUGGCUCCACGAGUGCGAGCGCGUCUUCGCGGACCGGAUGAACAACGAGGCGGACCGCGCGUGGUUUCACCAGGUCCUCAACGAGAAGCUUAACAACGACUUCCAAACGAAGUGGGUGAACAUCCUCAAGUCACGCGUGAAGGAGGGAGGAGGGGGUGGGGGCGGGAAGGGCGUGGGAGGGGGUGGGUUAGGGCACCCAUCCUCCCCGCAACUCCACCCCCAGCAACCGGUCACCGAAAACGAGAGCCCGAUUUUCGUUGACUUCUGGGAUGGCGAGUACGACGAGAUGGCGAAGUACCGCCUCGUGCCCUCGAUGGAGGCGCUGCGGCAGCGGGUGGAGGAGAACAUGGAGCGCUUCAACGCGGAGCCCGGGGCGCGACCCGUUAACCUCGUCUUUUUCAACGACGCCCUACGCCACCUCUGCCGGAUCCACCGCAUCAUCCGCCUGCCACACGGCAACGCGCUGCUGGUGGGGUUGGGCGGCAGCGGCCGCAGCUCCUUGACGCGGCUCGCCGCCUACCUCGCCGGCUACACCUUCUUCACGAUUGAGGUCCACAAGAAGUACGACAUCGAGUGCUUUCAUGAGGACCUCCGCACCCUUUACAAGGCCUGCGGCGUCAAGCGCCAGAAUAAGGUGUUUUACUUCUCCGAUAACCAGGUGAUGCACGUCUCCUUCUUGGAGGAUAUCAACAACAUGCUCUCCUCCGGCGAGGUUCCGAAUCUUUUUGUGAAGGACGACCUACGCCAGAUCCGGGAUGAUGUGCGGAAGCUCGCGCUCGUCGACGGCUGCCGCGACGCCCCGGAUGAGCUGUACAACUACUUCGUCGAAAAGGCCCGGCAGCACCUCCACCUCGUCGUGGCGAUGUCGCCCGCGAAGAAGGAGUUCCGGGAUUGGCUCCGGCAGUUCCCGGCGCUCGUGUCGUGCACCUGCAUUGAUUGGUUCUCCGCGUGGCCGACGGAGGCGCUGAAGGAGAUCGGGAUGCGCUACUUGAAAGAAACUGCGGAGUCCGACGAGACGGAUGAGAUGUUGAACACCAUCUGCGAUAUGUUCGUCUACAUGCACGACACCACCGGCGAGCGCUCGCAGCAGAUGCGGGAGCAUCUCCAUCGCUACAACUACGUGACGCCGUCGUCGUACCUGGAUCUCGUCCGCGGCUUCCGCACGAUGCUAACGAAGAAGUGCGAGGAUAUCACGGAGCAGCGGGAUAAGCUCGCGAACGGGAUGUCAAAGCUCGAGGAGACGAAGCUGACGGUGAGUCGGAUGACGGAGAGCCUCAAGGUGCAGGACGCGAAGCUGCAGGAGAAGUCCGAGGAGGUCUCCAAGGCGACGGAGAGCAUCCAGGUCCGCCAGCGGAUCGCGGAGGAGCAGCAGACCCUCGUCGCCUCGGAGAAGGUGAAGAUCGAGCAGGCGAAGCGCGCGGCGCUGGCGGAUCAGACCGAGGCACAGGCCGACCUCGACCGCGCGAUGCCGACCCUCCUCGAGGCGCAGGCCGCCCUCGAUAAGCUCGACAAGAGCGACAUCAACGAGGUGAAGUCGUACAAAACCCCUGCGGCGAUGGUGCACACCGUGAUGGAGGCCGUCCAGACCGCGCUCCACCGCAAACUCGACUGGGAUGAGGCGAAGAAGUCGCUAAGCGAGCCGAAGUUCAUCGACAUGCUCAAAACCUACCACGAGACGCACGACAUGACCGACCAGAAGCUGCUGAACAGCCUGGAGAAGUACGUUAAGCGGCACGACUUCACCCCGGCGGCGGCGAGCUCCGUCUCGAAGGCCGCCGGCGGGCUCUGCCAGUGGGUGAUCGCGAUCCACAAGUACGGCAACAUCUACAAGGAGGUGCACCCGAAGAUCGUGAAGAACGAGAACGCGCAGCAGCGGGUCCGCGCGCAGGAGGAGAUGCUUCGGCAGAAGGAGGAGAAGCUGCAGCGGAUCAUGGACGAGGUCCGGCGCCUGGAGGCCGACCUCAACACGAACAUCAACGAGAAGAAUCAACUCAUGCGGGAGGCGCGGGAGACGCAGGAUAAGCUCAGCCGUGCCUGCAUCAUCGUCGAUGGCCUCGAGGGCGAGCGCGACCGCUGGACGGAGUCGAUCGCGCGCUACGAGAUCGACCUCGGUAACAUCCGCGGCGAUACGCUGCUCGCCACGGGCUUCAUGUGCUACUGCGGCGCCUUCACCGCGGAUUACCGCCACCUGCUUUGGCAGAGCUGGCUAAAGGAGAUGCGGCGGCUACAGCUGCACACGAAUCGCGACUUCAACUUUGUGAAUUUCCUCGUGGACCCGACGGAGGUGCGGGAUUGGCACCAAACGGGCCUCCCAGGGGAUGAUUUUAGCCGCGAGAACGGCGCGAUCGCGAUGUGCGGGCCGCGCUACCCCCUCAUGAUCGACCCGCAGCAGCAGGCGAUCAAGUGGAUUAAGCGGAUGGAGCGGGACAACGGGCUGAAGGUGAUCGAUCCGAAACAACCCGACUUCCAAAAAACAGUCGAGAACGCCGUCCUGCUCGGUUGUCCGCUGCUCCUGCAGGAUGUGCUGGAGGAGAUCGAUCCGAUCCUCGAUCCGAUCAUGUCGAGGACGAUCAUUCGCAAGGGCAACCGCCAGCUCGUCAAGCUUGGGGAUAACUACAUCGAGUAUAACGAGAGCUUCAAGCUUUACAUCACCACGCGGCUGUCGAACCCGCACUACUCCCCGGAGACCUGCACGAAGGUGUGCCUGUUAAACUUCGCCGUGAAGGAGCAGGGGUUGGAGGAGCAGCUGCUCAAGAUCGUCGUCGAGCGCGAGAAACCGGAGCUCGAGCACGAGAACGAGAAGCUCAUAUUGGAUAUGGCGGCCGCCAAAAAGGAGACGAAGCGGCUUGAGGACGACAUUCUCGACUUGCUUUCCAGCUUUCAGUGCUCCUUGCUGGAGAAUAAGCGGCUCAUUGAUACGUUGCAGUCCGCCAAGGUGACCGCCGCGAACAUCAAAAAGCAGCUCAAGGAGUCGGAGGAGACCUCGGUGAAGAUCUCGCAGGCGCGAGAGGAGUAUCGGGAGUGCGCACAGCGGGCGUCGAUCCUCUUCUUCGUUCUCGCGGACCUCGGCGCGAUCGACUCGAUGUAUCAGUUCGCGUUGGAUUCGUACAUCGAGCUUUUCCAGCACAGCAUUCGCCGCUCCGCGGAGAAGAUCACCUCGCGCUCGAUGGAUGAGCGGAUUAAGACCCUCAACGCCUGGCAUACCGCGGCGGUCUACACCAACACCUGCCGUGGUCUCUUUGAGCGGCACAAGCUGCUCUUUGCGUUUCACAUGACGAUGCGCAUCCUGCAGGCGGCGGGGCGGGUAAACCUGGAGGAGUACGCAUUUUUGAUGCGAGGAGGGCAGAUUUUGGAUAAACAGGGCCGGCUGCCAAACCCGGCGCCGUCGUGGCUGUCGGAGCGCUGCUGGGAUCACCUCCUCGAGCUCGACAAGCUCACCAAUUUUCACGGCAUCGCCGCGCACGUCGAGCAGAACGCGGAUCUCUGGCGCGAGUGGUACCUCCUGGAGCUCCCCGAGGAGGCGGAGCUACCGGGCGAGUGGCAGAACCUCUGCCGUGAGAACUACAUCCAAAAGAUGAUCUUUGUGCGCUGUCUGCGGCCGGAUCGCCUGGUGUUCAUGGUCUACGAGUUUAUCGAGGAUCAGCUCGGCGCGCAGUUCGUGGAGCCCCCCACGUUUAACCUCAAGGAGGCCUACGAGGAGAGCAGCAACGCGAUCCCGCUCGUGUUCGUCCUCUCCGCCGGGGUGGAUCCGACGACGCAGCUCAACGCGAUCGCGCAGCGCGGGGGGCACACCCUCAAAACCCUCGCCCUCGGACAAGGCCAGGGCGAGAACGCGAAGCGCGCGAUUCAGGAGCUCAGCCAGACGGGCGGGUGGGUUUUCCUCGCGAACUGCCACCUCAUGGUCUCCUGGCUGGUGGAGCUGGAGAAGAUCAUCGACGACUUGGCGGAGCAGAACCCCCACAAGGAGUUCCGGCUCUGGCUGAGCUCGGUUCCCACCCCGGGGUUCCCGAUCGGCAUCCUGCAGCGCGCGAUCAAGAUGACGACGGAGCCGCCGAAAGGCAUCAAAGGAAACAUGCUCCGCCUCUACAACGGGAUGUCGGAGGAGCAGUUCGCCGAGCGGAGCAGCGCGCACCCCGUCUUCUACCGCAACCUCCUCUUCGCCCUUUGCUUCUUCCACAGCGUGCUGCUGGAGCGGCGGAAGUACGGCACGCUCGGCUACAACGUCAUCUACGACUUCACCGCGUCCGACUUCGAGGUGUCGGAGAACAUCCUGGACUUGUACCUGCGCCAGAUGCACUCCGACCUCGCGGAGGACAUCCCAUUUGUCACGAUUCGCUACCUCAUCGCGGAGGCCUCCUAUGGCGGGCGUGUCACGGACGACUGGGACCGCCGCGUGCUGAACACGUACAUGGAGCAGUACUUCUGCCUGCGGGCGGUCACGGAGGAGGCCUACCCCCUCUCCGCCGCCGCCGAGUACGUCAUCCCGGCGGAGUGCACGACGGUGCAGGCCUACCUGCAGGAGUGCGCGCACCUCCCGAUCACGGACCCCGCCGAGGCCUUCGGGCAGCACGCCAACGCGGACAUUGCCAGCCGCAUCGCGGAGUCCACCGCGUUGCUGGAUAAUCUAAUCAGCAUCAACGCGACGCUCGCGCGGGGAAGCGCCGGGGGGAGCGGGCUCACGACGGCCGCGAACAGCACCACCGCCGGCGCGACGCGGCCACCCUCGCAGGAGGAUCGCUGCCUGGAGAUCCUCGCCUCGCUGUCGGAGUCGAGCAAGGCCGCGAUCCCCCCGCUGAUCGACUACGACGCCAUCUUUGAGGCCACCAGCGAGGAGCGCCAGAACGCCCUCAACACCUGCCUCCUCCAGGAGGUGCAGCGCUACAACCUGCUGCUCGCGAAGAUCCAUCGGCAGUGCGCCGCGCUGCGCCUCGCCGUCCGCGGGCGGAUCGUCAUGUCGGACGAACUCGAGGCGAUCUUCGCCGCGCUGCUCCUUGGCCGCACCCCUCCGCCGUGGGCGAGCGCCUACCCCAGCCGAAAGCCCCUCGCGAGCUGGUCGGUCGACCUCGUCGCGCGGGUGGAGCAGUUGAAACUAUGGGGGCAGCGCACCCCGGCGGUCUUUUGGCUCUCCGGCCUCACCUAUCCGACGGGAUUUCUCAAAAGUCUCCAGCAGCAACAGGCGCGCGCCGAUCACGUUUCGAUCGACCAAUACGGCUGGGAGUUCGCGCUGCUCGCGCAGGAGGAGCGGGGGAUCAUCCACGGCCCCAAAAAGGGCGCCUACGUGCGUGGAAUCUACCUCGAAGGGGCGGGAUGGAACUCGGAGAACAACACCCUCUGUGAGCCCAACCCGAUGGAGCUCAUCGUGCGGAUGCCCGUCAUCCACUUCAUCCCCAAACUCAUUCCCCCUAACUCCACGCCGUCGGAGAGCAACGUUUAUAAGGCGCCUCUCUAUAUGUAUCCGAUCCGCACCGGCACCCGCGAGCGGCCCUCCUUCGUCGUCGCCGUCGACCUCGACAGCGGGGAGGCUGCGCCGCAGCACUACACCAAACGGGGUACCGCCCUUCUCCUUUCCACGGACGAAUAG